AUGGCUACGCCAUCCACAUCCCCCGAUACCUCCUCAGCACAGGCACCGAAGAAAUAUAACCUCCGCAACCCACUUCCGCUCUCAGCCCCCCAAGAACAAGAAGUCAAGCUGCUGUACUACAAGCGAGUACGGGCCCUUUGCGCUCCCGAGAUUAAGGCAUUCGCCGAGUGCGCCGUCAACCGCACUGUCACUGCUACAUGGAUCUGCCGCCAGCAGCGUCUCGCUAUGAAUUCAUGCAUGGUCGCCCACGCUAAGCCAGAAGAGGAGGAUCGCGCGCGCGAGGAGUGGUUCGCUUCGUUUGAGGAACGCCGUCGUGCGCGUGAUGAGGAGCUUGCUCGUGUUGAGACGCGACGUGCUGAGGUUAUUAGCAUGAUGCGCAAUGAUGAAGCACGGAGGAGACAGGGUGAGGCGAAAUGA